GUGAGGUCACUCCUGUGCCUCAGUGAAAUUAGCUUGAGUAGCGGGUGCACAGCUAAGCUAAGACAUUAGCAUCUUGUUUAUUUGCACCAUACGUUUAAUUAACGAAGUUGUAAAGAAUGGCUGGAAGUGCAGGAGAGUGGUGUCUGAUGGAGAGCGACCCUGGGGUGUUCACAGAACUGAUUAAAGGUUUUGGAUGCAAAGGCGCACAGGUUGAAGAGAUAUGGAGUAUGGAUCCAGAGAACUUCGACAACUUGAAACCAGUUCAUGGGUUGAUUUUCCUCUUCAAGUGGCAGCCAGGUGAAGAGCCAGCGGGAUCAAUCGUUCAGGAUUCAAGGCUGGACCACAUCUUCUUUGCUAAACAGGUCAUUAAUAAUGCCUGUGCCACUCAAGCAAUAGUUAGCGUUCUGCUGAACUGCUCCCAUUCGGACAUGAUGCUUGGAGACACACUGACAGAGUUCAGAGAGUUCUCACAGAGUUUUGAUGCUGCUAUGAAAGGUUUGGCUCUUAGCAACUCUGAAGUGAUCCGACAAGUUCACAACAGCUUUGCCAGACAGCAAAUGUUUGAAUUUGAUGCCAAAUCGUCAGCAAAAGACGAGGAUGCCUUUCACUUUGUCAGCUAUGUUCCUGUAAAUGGCAGACUAUACGAGCUGGACGGACUUCGAGAGGGACCAAUUGACCUGGGUGCAUGUAACCAGGACGACUGGAUCAGUGCAGUUCGCCCAGUUAUUGAGAAAAGAAUACAGAAGUACAGUGAAGGAGAGAUCCGAUUCAACCUAAUGGCCAUCGUGUCAGACAGAAAGAUGAUAUACGAGAGAAAAAUUGCAGAGCUUCAGACCCAGCUCACUGAGGAUGAACCGAUGGACACAGACCAGAGCAGCACGUUCCUCAGCUCCAUCCAGUCAGAAAUUGCCAAGUACCAGCUCCUUAUUGAAGAGGAAAACCAGAAACUUAAAAGAUAUAAGAUUGAAAACAUUCGACGAAAGCACAACUACCUUCCUUUCAUCAUGGAGCUGCUGAAGACGCUGGCAGAGUACCAGCAGUUAAUACCUUUGGUGGAGAAGGCGAAGGAGAAACAGAGUGCCAAAAAAGCCCAGGAAGCCAAGUGAACAGCAACACACACUUCAUCAUCAGAGAAGCCUCCAAUCACACAAACACUCACACACACUAUCACACACGUAACCAGACUCAUACAGUCCCUCUUUCAUCACUGAGCCACAUACAGAUACAUCAUCUGUCAUUUUCAUAUUAAUGACCGUGGAUGGUCUGCAGCACUUUCCUCACUGUGGCAUCCUGUGAAGCUUCCACACAUGAAGAACUGCACUGCAGGUGUAGCAGAGAGACUGUCUGACUAAAAGCUCUCUACGUGUGUGACAUCCAUCUGCUCUACUGCAUGAUAGAAGGAAACUCAAAUUCUGCUCUGUCUUAUUUUCAUAAUAAAAUGUUUCGAUGUUUGUGAAAUGUUGUUUUCAUGGACACAUGAAUGAAA